AGACGUCCACGGCGCUCCGACAUGACGCAACCGUUGAACAAGUUUAGUUAGUUGCUGACACUUCUAGUCUUUGUGGCUCAACUUACCAGCUAAUUUUUUUGUUUAAGUGGUCAGAGUUUCACCGGACGUUGAAUUUAUUUUAGAGUGUAGCGAAGAUAACGCUGUGAAGGCUACUUCUCGAUCAACAACUGCAUUUUUGAAAUAAUGCUGCGUGGUGCAGUAGGGAACUAGACGCCCACAAUGAAUCCACGAACUCUGCCCCUGAGAGCCCUGCUGUUUCUGGGGCUUUGGCACACUGGGAGAAGAAGUCUAGCCUCGGCCCCAGGGCUGCAGGAGCAGCCCAAAAGGAUAGCUGUGGUCGGAGCAGGCAUUGGAGGAGCAUCUGCAGCGUUUUACCUGAGGCAGGAAUUUGGAGCCGGGGUGAAGAUCGAUGUCUUUGAACCAGGAGCCGUUGGUGGACGACUUGCAACAGUAAAGAUCGGAGAUUAUGAGUAUGAGACGGGAGGCGCAGUGAUCCAUCCUCUGAACCUGCACAUGAAGCACUUCAUGGAAAAAUUAGGUAUCCCUCAAAGGAAAGAGGUCCCGUCUAAAAUGGCAAUCUUUGAUGGAAAGGAGCUCACGUUUGAAGAGAGUGACUGGUUCAUUGUCAAUUUAUUGCGCAUACUCUGGCAAUUUGGGUUCAGCGUUCUCAGAAUGCAUAUGUGGGUGGAGAGUGUGAUGGACAAAUUCAUGAGGAUCUACCAGUACCAGCAGUACGGCUACUCAUUCUCCAGCGUGGAUCGGCUCCUUCACGCCAUGGGCGGCGAUAGUUUUCUCACCCUGCUCAAUCAGACGCUGGAGGAAACGAUGAGGACCGAAGGAUUUUCACAAGUCUUUCUCAACAAUAUGGUCGCACCCAUCACUCGCAUCAACUACGGCCAAAGUGUCCGCAUCAAUGGUUUUGUGGGGGCAGUGUCAUUAGCGGGAGCGGCUUCAGGCCUGUGGGCAGUAGACGGAGGCAAUAAGAGAGUGUGCUCGGGACUGCUGUACAACAGCAAGAGUGAGCUCGUCACCGCCAGAGUGACCUCCAUUUCAGUCAAGGUUCGACCAUCCAAAGCAGGCACCACAACCAGUUUCUAUGAGGUCAAUUAUGUUGGCGAAUCCGGCUCGGCACACUCUCUGUAUGACAUAGUGGUGAUAGCAACGCCGCUUCACCAGGGAAAGUCUGACAUCACCUUCUCGGGCUUCUCUCCCCCCAUCCCAUCUCACUAUCCCGGGCGUUACCACCAGACGGUCUCCACUCUGGUCCGCGGCAUGCUGAACGUGUCCUUCUUGGGGACCACAGAGCCGGCCUCGGAGUUCACUGUGUCUGACAUCCUCACCACCGACUCCAAGGACUCCGUCAUCAACAGCCUGGGCUCUGUCGACCCUGUGCACAUCCCUCAGGAUUACAAGCGCCCCCCUGCCAGCCAGACCAAAGUCUGGAAGGUGUUCUCCUCACAGCCGCUGUCCCGGGAGCAGCUGCAGGACAUGUUCCUCUCCUGGGAUUCAGUGUCGGAGACUCGGUGGCUCGCUUAUCCUUCUUACCGGCCGCCGCACCGCAAGACGCCUCCAUUCAUCCUGCACAACCGGCUGUACUACCUGAACGCUUUGGAGUGGGCGGCGAGUGCCAUGGAGUUGAGCGCCGUCUCUGCCAGGAACGUGGCCCUGCUGGCGCACCACCGCUGGCACCAGCAGGACGGCAACAUCGACCAGGAAGACCUGCACACCCGACUCAGAGGGGAACUCUGAAGAGAGGAACCAAAAAGCAGUCGACACAGAUACGCAUGGACAGGCCUGAUGCAGUCCAACGACACUCCUGUCCGGGGAAAUCCAAACUCUUAUUCAGGUAUCUGAGGAGCUCUCACCACUUUAAAACUCCACACAAUUUAUCACAACUGUGAUCUUACUGUUGUUGUGGCGGCCAUCAUUUCCAUUGUUUACUCGGCAGGUAGAUCAGGGAUUUUGCUGCAAUGGAGUCUGACGAAGCAAAAAACACAGUCAGCAGCGAAGCGAUCGGACAUGUUGUACACAAGUCAACGAUGUCAUCAGAUUCUCUAGACGGCUGUAUUUGGAGGUGACGCCGUGAAUAAUCCCGCAAUGCACAGCAAAACUUCCCGUGCUAAAAAAAAACAACUUCAAAUAUGGCGUUUUAAAGUUGAAUCGGGAACUCUUCCCGUCAACGGAUGUCACCGCUUGUCUCGUCUUCUCUUCCAAAUCCGUCCUGUUGACGUCGGGGUUUGUUUACAGCCUGUCUGUCUGUUUAGAGAACCGACCUUUUGUCUCAUUUCGAUUUAGCACCGUCUCUGCUUCCCCAGAUCUCAGCUGUUAAGUACAAAUGUUAUUAUGCAAAUAGGACCAAAACGACUUGAAAUGAUCCUCUAAUCACCAUCACAGUCCCCACAAGAGAAUCCCACUAAAACUCUGCACUGUGCCGAGUUGUGUAAUCGGCGUGAACCACGCUGCACUCCAGUGGAGACAAUUACUUUUCAGUGUUCCUCUGUCUACGUGGUUUGUUUUUUCUGUGCCCAGAUGCUGUUAUUUAAAAAGUCGCAGCUGACAUCAAACAGAUCAGCUUGUCGGUGUCGCGUUGACCAAGAUGUCCUUUUCUUGAGGAUGUCUCUUCUGAUGACUCGGCGUCUCUACCUCAUCAGGAGACCACAUGUUAGUGAGGACAGACGGCGGUCAGCAACAGACGUGUGCCACUAAAACGAUAUGUUAUCGAUGUCAGUUAUGAAGUAUUAACAAGUCUGUGUUUAUUUCUACUAUUUAAUUGUACUAUUCAUUUUUAAGUCUCUAUUUUGGACAGUCUAAUUACACUGAAGAAUUUUGUGAAUUCAAAUUGUUAAAAUUAUGAUGGUGCCUUAAAGAUAUCAGAGUAAUGGACUUACGUCUUUAUUAAGUGAUAAGUGUCCCUAUCCUUUUAGAAAUCAUUUGUCCUUUGGGUUUUCAUUUGUUGCUUUUAUUGAAGUGAAGGCCGCGAGGACCAGACUGAGAAGAGUUUGGAGCAUUUGUGUGUUUUGGUUGUAACAUGUAAAGUGGCUUGUCACAUGUCCUGUGGCUUAAAAAAAACGACUAUCUAAAUCACUUUAAUGUUUGUUAGAAGAAAAUUGUAGUUUCAUAAUUGUUUCUUAAGCACUUUGAAAAGGUGUAUGUUUAUAGAUUAUUUUUUUUUUUUAUUCUAUUGGGGAGUAUAUAUCAAGACACUGUUGCUAAAAUAAUAAGUGUGGCAUUUAUUUGACAGGUUUCACUUUUACACUCGAUUCUUUUGGCAAAUACCAGAAGAAAUGGCUUCUUAUGCACAAAUACAAUGAGGCCUUUAACUACAAAUAUAAAGGUUUUAUUUUAGAUUUUAAACAAUACUGAAACCUUCCAGUCCAAACUGUAUGUUUGCCAGGUUUUUACAAUCACAAUAAAGGGAUGAAACCUUC